CAGGAGCUUCCGGCUGCGGCGACCGCCUCUUCUGGACGGAGGAUGAACAACAGUCAAGCGCGUGAGCUGGGCCCGUAUUCAAGAUGAACCUGAACGCAGGACUGGGGCGCGUCCGACCCUUGAACGACCGGAGGGACCGAGAGCGCUGGCCGCCUCACGCCUCAGUAGCAGAAAGGCCCGGUUAAUGCGCCACCCUUCGCUGAGGGCCAUCCCGAGGUGGGAUUCAGGCGUUACCGAGAUGGGGGGCACCCGGGCAUUGGGUCUUGCAAGGUCUUGUGUGGCUUAUUACAAGCUAACGGUAUGUGCUGCCGGAAGCAUUGCUUUUUUUUAUGAAUCCGCCUCACUCAAGCGAGACUUUGAAUCAUAAGUCGUUAAUUAACGUGAACGUAAAGCCGCGAAACAGCCAUCCCGUUCACGUGUAUUCAGAAAAGGAUAUGCGCACGACGCAAGCGCAGUAAGGAUCGCCGCCUCUGACAGCUAACUGCUGCGUCAACAAUAAAACGUCUUCAGGACGCGUCGCUGAGGAUAGAGGCGCAUGCGCGGGACUCGCGGGUGACCAGGUUUACUUGCUGAGCCAAUUCGUGGGGCGUCGGGGCUCCUUUGGGAGGCCGGUUGGGCGACAGAAGCUCAGGGAGAGAUUUUUGUGGGUGUUCUACGCUGAGGAGCGUUCCUUUGUGGCCUUUUGAUUUCUAAUUAGUUUAAUGUGUUUGCUGCUAACUUGAAAAGAAAAUGGAUGCAAAUACUUCUGUUAACUUAUUUUCCAAAGCCCUGGAAACUCCGAUGCUUCAGACAGCUAAGAUGGUAGAAGAACAGCUUGAUGCUGAAAUACAAAAAUUGGACCAGAUGGAUGAAGAUGAACUGGAACUUCUCAAACGAAGAAGGCUUGAAGCACUCAAGAAAAAUCAGCAACAAAAACAGGAAUGGCUUUCAAAAGGACAUGGAGAAUACCGAGAAAUCCCCAGUGAGCGAGAUUUUUUUCAAGAAGUGAAAGGAAGCAAAAAUGUGGUCUGUCAUUUUUAUAGAGAUUCAACCUUCAGAUGCUUAAUAUUAGAUAAGCAUUUAACAAUACUUGCAAAAAAGCAUAUUGAGACUAAGUUUAUCAAGUUAAAUGUUGAAAAAUCACCAUUUCUUUGUGAGAGACUUCGCAUCAAGAUAAUUCCCACAUUAGCACUAUUAAAAGAUGGAAAAACUCAAGAUUAUGUGGUUGGAUUUACUGAUCUUGGCAACACAGAUGAAUUCACCACAGAGACCUUAGAAUGGAGAUUAGGUUGCGCAGAUAUCAUCCAGUACAGUGGCAACUUAAUGGAGCCGCCUUUCCAAAGCCAAAAGAAGUUUGGAACCUCUUUCACAAAAUUGGAUAAGAAAACAAUCCGAGGAAAGAAAUACGAUUCAGAUUCUGAUGAUGAUUAGAAUUCAUGAUACAAAUAUUUGUAAACCAUUUUUCUUUUAUGUUUGAUACAUUUUUAGGAAUGUUUUAUAUAGUUGUUUGCUUUUAGAACAUUUGCACAUGACACUCAUUUUCUAACAGUUUUAUAGAGCUCAUGAAAGGAAAUCUUAAAUAUUUCUUCCUCUGAGGAAAUAAUUUCUUAGUAAAGAAAUUUGAACCCUUUUAAACUGUGUAAUAUGAGAGAUGAACUUUCAACAGUUUCUUAAUUUAACAAUAACUCUUUUAAAUUGCAUCUUAAAAUUUAUACCAUUUACCAUUAAGGUAUUAAUGAGAGACUUCUGUCAAGAAUUGUUAUUUGAACUAUUCUUGAAGUAGUGCAUUAAUAAAAGUCAUUCUAAUAACACCAUGACUGUGAUUUUGCGUAUUCUAACUUCAUUAGAACAUAUUAUAAAAUUCCUGUAACUUAACUCUGCCAGCUAUGUACACUGCAUGUUAAAGCUGAAUUAGCAAUAAAUACUACAUGACAACUAUACCGAACUAAAAUUCUGAGGCUUGAAGAACAGCUUAUAUUUUUUAAAACAAACCACAGGAAAAAUUGAGAUGUUUAAACUGAUAUGAAUACAGUUUAACACAAUGUCUGCACUGUUGUUCUUCAGCAAUAUACACAUUUCCUGGUAUAACUUUUUGAAAUAUUAACAAUUCUGUAGAACUUUGACAGCCUGGUAGGUAAAAGAAUAUUUUCCUAUACAAUAUAUCACAUUUAAAUGUUUUUCACCUGCAAAUAGUUACAUUUUAUCUUGUUUUAGGAGAAAAAUUAAGUCUCACAGGAACUUAAAAGCACAGAUUAAAGCAAAUAUGGGAAUUUUCUCUUCUGUUGGCAACCAAUCAAAUAAUAAUCGCUGCUGGGCACAAGAUUACUGCAACUAUCUUCCCCAAGAGGAAGGAAAAUGGGAUUUAAAUUUCUUUAUAUAUUUUCUUCUAUGGAAGAUAAAGACAUUAUAUAGCUGAAGGGUAAAUGGAGAUAACAUACAUUCCACAAGUAAAAUCAUGCCACAGUUUUGGAAUCACAUUUAAGCUUUUGUUUGCUUUCUUCAAAUAUUGGAUGGAAACCAUGGACACACUACUUUCUUAAAUCACAAAAAGAAAAAAUGAGAGAAGUUAAUGAACAUAGUCACAGGACAGGGAUAUAAGGGAAUGGAGAGAAAUAACUGAAAUAUGGCUUUCAACUAGGAAGACCGGUUUGAGUGUGGGUCACCUGGAUAGGCAUAGCUUUUAGUCAGAGCAUCUGACUCUCAUUUUAUAAACUGUUGUUUCCCUAAUAGUUAACUGGCUUAAAAGGUUAAUAUUAAUCUUUAAUAAUUUUAGUUUUGUAGUGUUCAAUUACUUUACAUUAAAAUAAUACUCUGAAUGCUAUAAUCCUAAAAUGUUUUAUGUCUCUCUAGAGAUUACUUCAUUUUUCUCAAUUUUUUCUUUUUAUAGUUAUGACUGAGGCAUAUUACAACAAAAGACUAAAAGAGUCAUGGCUUGGAACAUUAAGAUGGUAGAUUAGAUAUAGGUAGUCCUUGAUUUACAACAGUUCAUUUAGUGCUUCGAAGUUACAGUGGUACUUAUGACCAUUUUGCA